AUGGCUGCGAACGCACGGUAUGAGCCCGCCCCGCAGCGGGACUCCUUUGAGGACCAGCACUACACUCAAGCGCCACCGUCUUAUCAGGCAACUGCUGAGCCUGCUGAGCCAGUUGGGCCUCGCACCGAGAAUGAUAAUCUUCCCGAUGAUUUCAAGUUCGGAGGUACUGUGGCAGAGGGAACCAUUGAAAUCAGGAUGCAAUUUGUGCGCAAGGUGUACUCAAUCCUCACUGCUCAAAUUCUCCUCACUACCAUCCUCAGCUCCAUCUCCUUUUUCAACGACUCUUACCGUACAUGGAUCCAAUCCAACUUCUGGCUGAUGAUCAUCUCUAUCUUCGGCGCCCUUGGAUUCAUGCUAGCGACCUACUGGAAGCGCAAGUCCUAUCCUUCCAACCUGCUCUUCCUCUCCGCCUUCACGGUCAUGGAAGCCUACUCUAUCAGCGUGGUGACAUCCUUCUACGAUGCGCGAGUUGUCGUUCAGGCUCUCGUUUUGACUCUGGGUAUCUUCCUUGCCUUGACACUAUUCGCAUGCCAGACAAAGUACGACUUCACAAGCUGGAUGCCGUAUCUAUUUGGCGCGUUGUGGUUCAUGAUCCUCUUCGGCUUCGUUGCGAUGUUCCUGCCAUUCGGCAGCGCCACGGAGACUGUAUAUGGCGUGCUUGGUGCCUUGAUAUUCUCGGGUUACAUCUUGGUUGAUACGCAGCUAGUCAUGCGUCACUACCAUGUCGAGGAGGAAAUCGCUGCGGCUAUUUCGCUCUACUUGGAUGUGCUGAAUUUGUUCAUGUCCAUUCUCCGUAUCCUGAAUGGACAGAAUAACAACUAG